GAGAGAGAGAGAGAGAGAGAGAGUUUCAAAAGUGGAAGGAGCAGAGUAACAAAACGAAAUUUCGAGCGGGAAACACAUGAGCUUGCAGUAACAAACAACGUUGACGAGAUUCAAUUAGGAAGUGGUUAGGUUAGAGAACUUGGAAGGGAUUCGUUAGUCUUUGUAUUGGAUCAAUCUCUCUCUCUCUCGUCUGGAACUUCUGCAUUUAGUGCGAUCUCCAGAACCGGAGGGGACCGUACGACUGUUUUCCGGAAACCCUAGUUUUACGGGUCUGAGUCCAAAAUGUGGCAGUUUCUAUUAGCCGCUGCGGUGGCUGGAUCUAGCUUCUUCGCCCAACGCUUCUGUUGGAAUGGAGAUCCUGAGCCGACUGUGAAAUCUGAGCAGCAGGACAAUGACGUGGUGGAGGCUGAGGAAGAGCUAGUACCCGUCGAUCAUGAGAAAUCUCAAGUUCCGCCUCCUCUGUUUGGUUCGCCUUCUCUGAUCUCAAGUGGGUUGUGUCAAUUUUCUGAGUCUUUGAACUGUGAGGUGAGGAGUUCAAGGACGGGAGAAGAGAGUAUCUUUAGAUUCUCUAGUUUGGGUGGUGAGGGUGGAAUUGGGUCUUCAUGCGGUUCGAAAGGUUCAGUAAAAGCGGCCGCUGAGUUUCCUGCAUGUAAGAGAAAUGAUGGUGUUAAGAGAAGACUUGGGUCUAAGAAAUAUGAGAAGUCAUCUACAGGCCGUCGUGUAGGAGUGGUGGAGGAACCGAGGAAGAAGGGAAGAAGGUACUUCCUUUGCUUGAAGAGGAGGAGGACCAGCAAGAAUGCUAUUGCGAGAUGCGAACCACGUUCCUCCACAGGUAGCACAUUAUUUGGCUGGGGACUCAGUGUUGGCAUUAUGUACAUGGUAUCUGCUGGAAAAGCUGAAAUCAAUAAAUUGAAUACCACUGUACACGAAACUGCAAAAGCUGUGCAGGAGUUACAGAAUGAACUUCAUCAGAGGAAAUCUUAUCGUGCAGCACAAAACUCAAAUUGUAAGAGUAAAGUUGAUGCCAAUCCCAGGAAUAUCAGCAGCCAUAUGCUCCAACAGCAAGUGAUCUCUAAUUCAGAUGCAAAACAAGAAGACUCCAAUUAUCCCGAAGAUUUAGGCGUUCAAGUUACUGAUGAUGUUGACUGUGUUAGUUGUGUUCUUACUGAAGAGCCAGAGCCAGAGGCACUAAAAAUGGAUCAGCUCGAAGCAGAGCUUGAAUUUGAACUGCAGAAAAUUCCUUGGUGUGUCGCAGAAGAAGCAUCGAGCUAUGAAGGCAACUUCAUAAAUUUGGGAGAGAUUGAACUGGAACAUUCUCUGAACAUCAUGAACACUGAACUCUUGGAUGAUAGCCCACACAAACUAGAAGGCAUUUAUUUUGACUCUCACCAAUCCCAUGGAGUAAUACCAUCUGAAUUGGAUAAAAGACUCUGUCAUUUGCUCAUUGAGCAGCAGGAGAGCCAGAUCUUAGAGCUUGAAGCCAAACUGGAGUCAAGCCAGAGCAAGCUUUAUGAGAAGGAAACAGAUCUCCAGGCAUUGAAGGAUUGUGUUCGUCACCUCACUGAACUUUCUCUUGAAACAACUUCAGAUGAAACUGAGGAGGCUGGAACACAGGCCAUUGGAGGAGACUGUAACAAUUGUACCAACUCGUCAUUAUCUGCGGAGUUGCUUGGUGAUGGUGCUAACAAUAUGGUGGGGAAGAAAUCAAUGGUCGGGAAGAAAAGAGUAAUGGAGUCCCAAUCAUGUGAUUGCCAUUUGAGAGAGAAUGAAGUCUCUAUAAAUGGGUGGGGAUGCAUGUAAUAUGCCAGCCUUUUCAUUUGUCUUUUAAAUUUUAUGUAGAGUCAGCAUUAUCUAUAUAUCCAAUAAUAAGCAUAUCAAUACAUUUUUCUGUGCGCCCA